UUUUCCCUCGGAUUUUUUUAGGCCUGAGCCUGGGAGUAUUCAUGUUUCGGGUGAGUGACGUAGACAGGGGCGACCUGAGAGGAUCCCAGCAAGGGGGAAUACCUGCUGAUGUCCCCAGACAGAACCAGUGCUGGCAGGCAAUCCAUCUACUGACUCCUUGGUGGCAGAAGAGGCGUUUGUGAGGGAGAACCCAGAGGUAGAAGAGAAAGUAGUUUGGGUGCCUUCGUUGCUUUGGACUCUGCUAUGUCCCUGCUCAUUUGUGAGGUGAAGGAAGAAGAUCUGACAGAUGGAUAUGCUGAUACCACUGCCAUCAUCCCACGACCAGCUGAGGUCACCAUGCAGACUGCAACUUCUAUGUCCGGGGCAUGCUCUGGCCAAGGUGGAUGCCAUCCUGCUUAUGACGGUCAAUCCCUCGCAAUUGUUACAGUAGACAGGGAUCGCGUGACCCCUGCCCCCUGUGCGUUUGGAUCACCUGCCUGGUUCUUCUUCGGGGUUCCAGGUGGAUCCUCCAACCUGCAGCGUGAGCUUGUGGUCACCUGCAUACUCUGCCAAGCCCAGGUGCGUCGGGGAACUAACCCAGGCAAGGUGGGGACCACCUGCCUCUUCACUCACCUUGAGAGGCGCCAUAACAUGACCCGGCAAGAGGUGUACGAGCAAGCAGCGGCUUCCGGGUACUGUGGUCCCAGUACGAUAGUUGCUACGACUUGGGAAUACAGCAGUGGUGGAAACCUAUCCUCCCGUGUUCCUGCUAAGAGGCAAGCUGCUUCCUCCUCCUCGGAGGAAGGUGAAGGCGGACGUGGGCCCAAGCAACAGGCUACUAUUUCUCCCGCUACUGCUUCUGACCCUCCCAUCAUCCUUGGUUCUUCCUCACAACCGUGCCACCCAAAUCCUAGUCAGCAGGCAGAUAGGCAGAGCCAGAGUGGGUCCAGGUCUUCUACCUACCGCCAAGCAUUGCGUGACCGCCUGCUUGGCAGCGUGCACAUGUUUUGUGAGGUGUGCCAUGCCCUGGUGCUGUCAGGGGAGAGGAGCCAGAGCGUGCGGGACCUGGCGCUGGAGACGCACUUCUCCACUAAGCAUCCUCACAUGUUCAACCGCUUGAAGCGCGGGGCAGCCAGGGACGUGCGCAUUGGUGGCUUGGGCCCCUACUCUGCUCUUCCUUCUGGCUCUUUGUCACCCUCUUCUGCCUCACAUUGACCUUGACUAUAGUUUUACUUCUAUGUAUUGCACAUCUGGCCCAAUACCAAUUUCCCGGGCCUUUUCAUGACUGCCAGCAUUGUCUGCCAUGAGCCCAGGAAGUCACUGGACCACUGCCGGCUGCAACACUGGUUCUUGUCAUAUGUUUUGUAUUUUAAAAACAUCAUUUUUCUUUUUUCACAUUUGUUGGUUGUCAUAAUUUAAUUGCAGUCUUCAGACAUUUACUAAGCCCUCGCUACGCAUUCCCUCCUUUUGUAACUACCGCUGAGACCUUUGGUGCAGAGAAGACGAAGCUCUCCGCCUCCGUGGCUAUUCUCCUUCUACUGUCGUACUCUGCCUGAAGAAGAGAAUCCGAUCUGCCGCCAUGCCUGUAAAUUGCACCAGCUGUGAUGCCCAGCGCGCAGUCCUGCGGAGACCCAAAACCGGUCACUCCGUAUGCAAGGCUUGCUUCUUCCAAGCUUUUGAAGAGGAAGUCCACCAUACCAUUGUGUCUGCCAAGCUCUUCCAGCCGGGCGAGAAGGUGGGCAUCGGAGCCUCGGGCGGAAAGGACUCCACCGUGCUCGCUCACGUCUUAAAAGUGCUGAAUGAGCGCUACUCCUACGGUCUGGAGCUCAUCCUGGUGUCUGUAGAUGAAGGGAUUUCGGGAUACCGAGAUGAUUCCUUGGAGACGGUAAAAAGGAACCAGCAGCAGUACGAGCUGCCCCUGAAAAUUGUGUCUUAUCAAGAGCUGUAUGGGUGGACCAUGGACCAGAUUGUCAAGCAAGUGGGACUGAAGAACAAUUGCACGUUUUGCGGGGUAUUCAGAAGGCAAGCUCUGGACCGGGGCGCUAUGAUGCUAGGAGUCGACAAAAUCUGCACAGGCCAUAACGCGGACGACAUAGCGGAGACUGUGCUGAUGAAUUUUCUCCGAGGGGACAUUGCGCGGUUACGGCGCUGCACGGCCAUCACUACCGGCAGCGAAGGUGCCAUCCCCAGAUGCAAACCCCUGAAAUACGCCUACGAGAAGGAGAUUGUACUUUACGCUUACUUCAAGAAGCUGGACUAUUUUUCCACCGAGUGCAUAUAUUCACCCAAUGCUUACCGAGGGCACGCCCGUGCUUUCCUAAAAGAUCUAGAGGCUUUACGGCCUAGCGCCAUCAUGGACAUCAUCCACUCGGGGGAGAACCUGUCGGUGAAGGAGGACGUACGGAUGCCCGUCCAGGGGACCUGCACCCGCUGUGGGUACAUUUCCAGCCAGGGGCUUUGCAAGGCUUGCGUCCUCCUGGAGGGACUGAACCGUGGCCUGCCCAAACUGGGCAUCGGCAAGCACCAUAAACUUCACCAUAAGCUCCUGGCACAGGAACCGCUGAGUGACGCGGAAACGCGUAAGCUGAAGGCUGUGGAUUUCUGAUGACCAAAGAGAAGAACCACCCCGUGUUGCACACAUCGGCUUAUACUUUAGGGCUUCAUAGUGACUGUACGGUCACCUUCAGUGGCUGGAAUGAGUGGAUUUGUGGGCUAAGUCCAUAUCCGCUAGGAACUAGUGACAUCACUGAGACAUGGGUUGCUAAGUGUCUCGUACCUCAAUGAGGUCACUGGCUCCUAAUGUACUGAUAGGCUGCAUUCUCAUAUUGGCUCAGCGCAUAAAAUAACGGCCUUCCCGUGUGUUGCGGACACACGUACACAUUAGAGGGCAAUUCGCCAAAGCAAGAUUUGUUUUCAUAUUUACUGCUUGUAUUUUCAAUUUUAAUUUAAUUUUUUCUCCUUUUGUUUCCUGCCUGUAAUAUCCAGCUUGAUAUGUUCUGGCUGUUAUUGUGCCUUAUUACACAAGAUCUGUCAGGGGGGAAAUGAAAUGAAGCUAGUAACUUUACUGCAAAUAUGUCAUUUUCAAAAAUAUCUUUGUAAAUUUUAAUUUCAUUUUUUUUUAUUUUUUCAUGGUAGAUCUUUAAGUCCAGGAAAAUCAGAAUCAACAUCUGUUCUUUGAUUGUCAGGGUCAGUGAACUAUAGGGAUACAGGUGUGGGGAGAAAUUGAUCCCCCCCCCCUCCCACUUAAGCAAUAUUUUAUGUAUAUACUUUUUUUUUUUUUCUUUCUUCUUAAUAUUAAGAAUAAAAAUAUUUAAUAUACUAAA